AUGAGGCGAAGGCAAUGGUCUGAUCUUCCUCCUGAACUUAUCACAGACAUAGCAGAACGUCUAGGCCUACUCGAGGUUGUGAGGUUCCGCAGCAUAUGCCAGGCUUGGAACUCUGCUUCUUCUACAAUUUCAGCUAAAAUUGAAUCUUUACUAAACUAUAAACCUUGGUUUCUACAUUAUGGGUAUGAUUCUGCCCAAUGUCAGUUGGUAACUACUGAGAGUGGUAACAUUACCAUGAAUCUUCCGCAACUGGAUCAAACUACAACUUGCAUUGCAUCGUAUGAAGGAUGGCUUCUUGUAUUUAAACAAGGCGGAUCAAUGUUCUUCUUUCGUCCCUUCUCAAAAACAAAGAUAGACCUUCCCAAUUUCCCAGUCUCAGAACUCACUGACCAUGUUGCAGCAUUUUCAUCUCCUCCCACAUCUCCUGACUGCACAGUUUGUGUCAUCAACCGCAGUACUAGCAAUGACAAUGAGUUGGAGCUUAAUCUACUUUGUCGUGGAGGAGGCAAUGGAUGGAUCCAACACAAGCUUGACUGUCCGCGAUUCUCCAUUGAUACAAUCAAAUGUGCUGCUUAUAGCAAACUAGGAGAAUUCUCCUUUUUGGACCAUGGUGAUAACAAACUCAAGUUAUCAGUUACACACAACAGAGAAAUUUGCUGGAAGAAUAAUAAAGUAGUUGAGGCGAAAGAUGACUUACCAGGAAAUUUUUAUUAUCAGAUGGAAUAUUUCAAGAAAACAGACAUGAUGAACAAGCUGGGGUUAGCAGCUCUUCAUGAGGAUGUUUCGUUUUCUGUUUGCGGAACACAGACAGAGUAUAAUGGUACCGACUAUUUUAUAUAUAAUGAGAUUUAUAGUAUCAGUAAUCAUCAUGAAGAGUCCAAUAGCCCGCGGAAAUUCAAAGGUGUAUGGAUCUACCCGAGAUUCUAUCAAAUCUCUCCAAGAGAGCAGAGUUGGUAA